UUCUCAACUGUAAUGGCGAUUCAAGGCUGUUAUCAUCACGUUUUAUGUUCUAGGAAUUUCACUGUUGUGCGACUCUCCUGACAAUUCAGAUGGAUAUGCCAUCAACCUUUAUUUCUUGUUUUAACUAACUGUUUUAAAGUUUGUUUCCACUGGAUAGUGAACGGUUAUUUCUCAAGGUCUCAACAUGUAGGCCGUCAUCGUCGUCUGAAAGCUGCGUUCCCUGUUUCACGAAUUUGUGGAACUGUUGUGAUCGACAGUAUUUCAUUCUGGCUCAUUUGUUGACAACUUGUUUUUAAAACAAACAAGUCCAAAAUGUCUGGUCAUCAAAGACAUGAUAAGGAGCGUCUACGUGAGUUGGCGCAGAAAGAGAGAGCCACCAAAGCCAACACUUCCGCCUCUGACAGCCCCGCCAUGCCACUCUUUGACAGACCUUGCAAGGUCCAGAAUUCAAAUGAAGGUGAUGACAUGAACCAAAAGAUUCGUCAGGUGCUUGGAGAUUUUUCUGACUUCAAGAGCAGAGGUCCCAAGUACACGAUAGGUGCAAUGCCGGCACCCACAACUCCACAACCUCAAACCAGUAGCAGCAAGUUUUUAAGCAUCCAAGCACACAGAAUGGUGCUUUAAGACAUGGAGAAAACAAAUCUACACAUGACCACAGCCGCCGCAGUUUAGAGGGAUCAGGGUACAAAUCCCAGCCUGGUCAAAGCACAGAUUUUGAUCCUAAGUCAGUGGACAUCAAAUCUGGCCAUGGACAUAAACAACGGAGUGAUAUGAAAUCUAGCCAUGACCACAAAGCAGGGUACAGCGACAAGAGAAGUCGAGACCACAGUGCUGACUCUUACAAAGCAGGAAGAGAACACAGAAGCCAUCAUAGCAACCAUGAUCGAACUAGAAUGCCCUCAGAUGGAGGUGGGGGAUCUGAUGGUGGUGGUGGUAGUGGAGGAAGCAGGCGAAGUCACUCCAGCGAACGCUCCAUCCAUUCCAAACAACCGAGUAGCAGCCACUCCCAGUCAUCCUCCUCUUCACAACAGUCUAGUCUAUCCAAUUCCCAGUCCCCAGCAAAACCAAGUUUCCCAUCAAUGCAUUCACCCUUGUCAUCACAAAGCAAGUAUCAGCUUCAUUCCAAACACUCCACCAGCCCUAGUCCUAGUCAAACUGCCAGCAAAUCACAGACUUCAUCCAAUAUCAUUGUCCCAUCUCCCAAAAAGUCACCGGGCUCAGCCAGCAAGCCAAUGUUCCAGUCUAAACCUUCUUCUGGUUCUCACCACAGUACUUCGUCAUCUGUCCCAAACCAGGCCAGUAACAUGCCUCUCAAAGAGUCAACGACUCCACCAAACGGUAUUAUCAGUCGGGGACCCUUGGUCAAGCAACAACAGAAAAACAAAUUGCCAAAGCUUCUCAUACAGUCUGAGAACAAUGCCCCGUCUUUUGGAAUUGAAGGUCUCCAUGACAUAUUCAAUGAAAUGAGAAGUAUCCCUGCACCUGUGUCAGAAAUUAAUACACCAAGAAAAUCAGAGGAAAAACUGUCAUUCCAAAUUCCACCAAAGCUUGGAAAGGAUGUCACACUUCCGAAAGCUGACAUUGGGACAGCAAAACCAGAAGAAGAGGAAGAAAAGUCACAAGUAUCCUCUCUUGGAAUGUCAGAAAACUCCCUCGCAGAUGACUUACAUGUCAGUGAUGACAGUGAAACUGAGCAGGUACCCACGGAUAUCCAAUCCAAUAAAGCCCCGAGCGUGAUAGCUGCUAAGAAGAGAGAGGUGGAGCCAGGAGCCAGCAGAAUGUCAUCAGGCUCUGACAGUUCCAGUGAUGGGAGUGACAGCAGUUCAUCCUCUGAAGGGGAAACCUCAUCUUCUGAAGGGGAAGAAGAGGAAGAAGGAAAGAAGGAGGAACAAGUGGAAGUGAAGAAAGAAGAGGAGCAAACAGAAACACCAAAAGAGACGCCAUCUUGGGGCUUAGGCGGCUUUAUAGAACAACUAAAGAAGUCGUCCCCUGAGGCACCAAUUCCGAAGAAGUCAUCUGAGAAACAGAAAGAGAUUGAUGAAACCAAUGAUGAAAUGCUUGAUGAAAUAUUGCACACCACAAUCACUUCACAGACACCUCUGAAAGACAUUGGUCCUGCAUCCACGCUGUCCUUCUCCACAGACCAUCUGGAUGCUGACUUUAUGUCUGAGCGUCAUCAGAAUGGUGCAGAUUCUGGUUGUGAUUUGCCAGGUAACAAUGACAGAACUAACACCAGUCUGGGGAGCCUUGGUUCUCCUGACACUGCCAGUACAUGCAGCAGCACCAGCUCAAAACCUUCCAGUGGAAAACCUGAAAAGAAAGGGCGAGGUAGGCCCAGUCUAAGUUCCAUGUCUGAUAGUUUGCAUAGUACAUCUAAAACUGAGGGGUCUGAUUUAUCCAGUUCCCUCAGUAAAAGCAAUAGUGGUGCAAGCAAAUCUAGAAAUACACCCAAGAAAGACUCUAAAAGAGACAAACCUAAGUCUGCUCAUGAUGAAAAGAAACGAAGGAAAACUGAUUUCAAAUCUAAACCAAGGAUUUCUGACAGUGAAGAUUCUGAAAUAGAUGUUGUCACUGUUACUCCUGGCAAAGUUCCUGCAACAAUGGCCAAUUCUAUCAUUGAUGAGGAUAAAGAUAAAGAUAAAUAUUGCAACAAGUUAUUUUCCUCCCCUAAAAGAAACAAGACAUCUCCUGUUAAACUUCCUGUUUCUCAAGAAAAGGAGGAAAAAGACAAUAAAAGUGCAACAAAAGACAGAGUUAAAGAAGUUAAAAAUAAAACAUCAAGUCAUCGCAAGAAAGAACGUGAUAAGGACAAAGAUAAAAGUGAUAAUAAUAAUGAACGUAACCGAAGGAAAGAGCACAGAUAUGUGUCUUCACCAGUGUCUGAUUCCAAAGUGGAUGUGCAUAGUGAGAAACAUGUUGAUGCCAUCAUUGAGACCACAAAUGAGUUCAAACCCCCAAGUUUACUUUCCCCCUUUGCAUCCCCAACCAAGACCCCCAUUGCCCCAUUGUUGUCUCCCUUACCAAUCCCACCCCAAUCUUCUUGCCCCAACUUGACUUUUGCCAAUGGAAAGCCGGCCAUUAUGGUGGAGAUUAAUCUUUCUUUAUUGGAUCAUAUUCCUUCCAGUGCUAAUUCACAAAGUGCUUCAGCUCCAUCUAUAGUCAAAUCGGAAAAUAAGAGUUUAGAUUUUUCUGAUACGGAAAAGAAAAGUUCUAAUGUUGGAGCUAAACACACUGAUUUAUCUCAUAAAAAUGCUGAUAUUUUCCCAAAGAGUGCUGAUGUGACACCAAAAAGUGCUGACAAGUCACAAAAGGGAAUGGAUAUUUCUGAAAAAUGUGCAAAAAGUACCGAAAAGAGUACAUCAAGGAGUGUUGAAAAAAGUUCCAAAAUUGUGGCAAAAAGUGCAUAUUGUGUGGAUAAAAGUGCAAAUAGUAUAGAAAAGGGUGCAAAUAAUAUAGAUAAGAAUGCAAAUGCAUCAUCACCUGGAUAUAAAGAAGAGGAUAUGUGUGAUGACACUAAGGACAAUGAUCCUCAGGUGACACAGGAUAAAGUGCCACGAUCUCACAAACGGAAAGGUGACAGUGAGCGUCAGGAGAGUACUGGUAGCAAAAGGCACAAGUCCACUUCCAAAUCCAGCAAGAAGUCCUCAUCAGAAGAUCUUCAUAAUGGCAGCCAGGAAGGGGAAAGUGAAGGUGGUGGCAAGUUGCGAGCUGGGGAAAGACGGAACAGUUCAUCAAGCACAUCUAGUCGGCACAGUAUUACCAGCAGCAAGUCUAAGAAGAUGAAGAUCGAAGAUAAAAUCAAGAAAGAGCCUUCAAGUCCAGACAAGCAUAAAAAGCAGCGUCAACAGCAAGAUAAGAAUGAUGUGCCUCACCAAAAUGGCCAGGAUCACCUGCCCUUUCACUCUUACAAUGAAGGAAGUAGUGUCAAGUCAGACACAACUCAGGAUAAUGCACCACGGGUACCACAAUCUGGAUGUCACCAGGAUGAAAAGUUGGAAUCAGCAGAAAGAUACUUAACUAAGGCUAAGGAAUUGAAGCACCUUGCUGAUAAGGACAAACCGGCCAAAUUCUCCCUGUACAUCAAGUCAGUGUUGUCAUUCGUCCAGUGUGGCUGUGCCAUGGAGAAGGAGGCAAUUAGUGAACCUCAGAAGAUAUUCACCAUGUAUUAUGAAACACUUCAACUACUCAAACAAGUGAUUCGUGUGCGGGUAACAUGCAUUGACCCUGAUAUGCCCAUCACAGACAAGAGGUUAUCAGUAUUAUUAUUACGCAUCCAGUCAUUGUUAUGUCUCAAGUUAUUUCAGUUAAAGAGGCCAGAAGUAUUGAAAUUCAAGAAAAUCAUCGAUGGUGACAACACCAAAACUGCCUCAGCCAAGUCCCCCCAUCUCAGCAGCAUCCCAAACCGCAGUAUAGGAACCCCACCUCCCAUCUCCCCAACACGCUCCCCUGCUGGCAGCAUUGGCUCAGUCGGAUCACAGGGUAGCUGUGACUUGCCAUCCAACAAGCUGACAAAUGGUAACUUAAGCUCAAGUGCCACCACUCCAAUGUCAUCGCCAGGGACUAUCAAUGUCUCCCAGCGAAUGCAUUCCGUCAUGCAACAAUAUAUCAACUUCUCUGGUUAUCUCGUCACCAGUCAUGAUCUCUGGUUGCAGGCAGAUACUGCUGCACAGGAGUUUAAAGAAUUUUUUGAUGUCCUUGACAACACCUGUGGCCCUCUGUCCUUACACAGUAGUGUCUUACAGCUGGUAUAUUAUGUGAAUGAAGGUUUACGGUUGCUGAAGGAUACAUGACAUAGGGCUUGUCCCAGUGCUCACUGACAACACAACCAGGUGCUGAACUAAAAUGGUCAACAGCCUAAUCACAGUCUCAUUAUAUAUGUAUAAUGUGAUAUGUCAAGGACUGAGAAUAUUGACUCCAUAAGUGCUCCCUUCACAUCUUGGCUGCAGCAUUGUGAAAUCCGUAUCAUGCCAGACCUACAUACCAACAAAAUAUUGUGCUUUUCAGUGUACUGAUCAUCAACGUUGCCUAUUGCCACAUGCUAUAUCAUUAGGACAUGUUCAUUCAUCAGAGUUACCACGUAAUGAAACAAUGAAGAAAACUCAACGAGAAAGUAUGGCAACAGUCUUCAUGGCUCAGUUUCAACCCAUUCUUGAACUCAUCUGACAGACAUAUUGUCUUCCAAAGGGCGGCCAUGUUUUACUCAAUGAAUGGGACAUAUCCAGCUCAGCUCUGAAGAUAUAUCCACAGUGCAACACAUUGCCAGUUAAUGAAUCAACCCCAGUGGCUGUAAAACAGCAAACAAGAUCCAUCAGAUCCCUGAAAUAUGUGAAGACUGAUUAUCCAAUAUGUGCCCUCUAAAUGGCCAUCACCAUAACCCAGUGCUCAUUAUUUAUUGUAAUUUAUUGCCCUGGAAGAGGAGCAGCUAAUUACAUGCCUACAGUGACUGACAGAUCUCGGUGUUUUCCCACUCUCCUAGUCCACAACCAAAUGCAGGCCUCCCUACCUGUGUGUGUGAACAGACCUUCUCUUGUUAAUACAGAGAGGCAGGCUAAGUCAUAUGCAAUUCCUGUGGAUGCACGUACAGAAAGCCUGCCCUGAGAAUCUCACCCUAUAGAACUGACAGUUUGAAGCUGCAUACAGUUGGCUGGACAUUCUGACACUAUGAAUGGUAGACUGUUAAAGUUGGCAGGAUGCUGCUGCUUCUGUGACCACAACAUUGGGAGGGAAGUUGACCCCUCGAAACAUGUGGCUUACUUUUGUACUCACAUGACCAUUUUCUGUUUGUAAAUUUGUUUGGAAGACUACCACCAGUUUGGAUGCUAUUCUCAGCUGUACAUAUUCUCAUACCUUUUUGAAAUGAUGGUAUUUCUGUUUUUAAGUCCACUCCACUCACUGUGUUAUACCCGACUACCUUUUAUGAAAUUGUUUGGGAUUUGUGUGAUGUCCCCUCUCCCUAUAAUCCUCCCUUCUGUGUUGCUGUUCUUCAUGUUGGUGUUAGCUCUCAAUUUGGUCGACUGACAGCUCCCUAGCUUCACGACUGGCGUCUAUGGCUGGCUCGUCGACCUACACAAGUGCUGUGUCCUUAUUCUGUGAUUCUCUCUUGUCUUGUACUGUUGGAUUUGGGAAAUAACCAGUCAAUGGGCUCAUGAUAGGAAUCAAAAUGCCAAAAGUUGUCCAAAAGAUUUGCACAUACAUGAAAUUGUAUUUUAUUGUUACUAGAGUGAUGAAUUAUUUAAAGGAUAUCAAGACACUGGAAAAUAUUUUCACCUUUCCAUGUAUGUACAUGGCAAAACCUAUCAUAAUAUCUUUCUUUGGGAUUAGGGGUUCAUGUGUUUCUGCUUCCAGUUUAUACAUAUAUGGUACAGUUGUCAUGCGUCUCAUUUCGUUUGUGUCAUGAUCAUUUUUAUAAAUAUAUAUAUACAUACAUGUAUAUCUUUUAUAUAUAUAUAUAUACAUAUACAUAUACACUCCAAUACGAUGGUGUUUGAGCCAGUCAAUAUGGUCUGAGUCAGUAGCAAUAGGCCCAUCAUGUUUUGUAGCUUUCAAUCAUGUGACAAUGGGUAGCCAGUGGUGCUGCUACUGGAUGACUAUGGAGGUUGGAAUAACAUGAGGAAAUACUCCACAGCAGAUGCCAUGACAGCUAUGACAUUGCCACCAGUCUACUAAACCCAUAUCCUGGCUAGCUCUCGAGACAGCAUCGGAGUGUCACAUCCCUCAUUCCAACAUCAUCAGUAAGACACAUGGUCAUCACCUCUCUGGAGUUUCCCAUGCAGUAAAUCAGUGUUCCAGAAGAAAGUUGUUUCACAUACUUUCUAAAAAUGACUAAUCAUUGAUGUUUGAUUUAUGUCCUGUGAUAGAAACAUUUUUGACUUUGGCAACAGAGGAAUCAGCUUUUGUUUGGUGUAGUAUUUAUCUUUUAAAAGUAUAAGUAGAACCGGUAGUUAAUUAACCUCGCAAGCAUACUGAUGAGAAAUCUGUUCAGUGUUUUAUCAGUCAUAAUUGUAUUUUGUGAAUAUGUUUGGCCAUACAGCAAUUAAUUUAUGCUAUGGGGCCAACAAACGGAAUCCUUGUGUUUUGUACUUAAGUAUGAUGUUAUGCAUUUCUUCCUAUGCAUUGUGAAAUUCAGUAUUGCUCACCCAAGACACUGUCAAAUAUUCUCCUUCAUCAGAUAUUAUUUUGCAGAAUUCAAAAUUCUGAUAUUUAUUUCCCCAAUUAUGUACGACACCAAUCACAACUAUCAUGAUUGACAAAGGGAGGUAACUAACUAUUAUUCAUGUGGCUUGUCACUGACAAUCUUGCAUUAAGGCAACUCAUUACAUGUACACUGUCAGACAGAAUGUGGUGCUGUAAGCAUCAUCUACACAUGAUACAAAUGUCUUGAUGUAAACUUGAAAACCUUUAUGGCAAAGGCCAUGUCAAGUCCUCUUCAGUAUUCCUCUGAUGUCAGGCUGCAGUUGUACUUCAGGGAAAACAGCAUUUGUAUGUGCAGACAAUUCAUUCAAAACUGCAAGUAUUUUGCAUGCGAUGUUAUAGAAAUCUAAAUUAUAUUCCUUAUUAUAAUUAAGAGAAAACAUAUUCUUUAAAAGAUGUAUUUUUAUAGCAAUGUUCAUGAAUACUAAACUUGCAAUAUAUAUUGAUGUUCUACUACACUAUUGACAUGUAGUCAGGAUGCAAUCAAAGCUUUGUGGAGAAUCACAUGUGAGAUCUUAAUGAAAAAUCAUGUUACAAAUCAAAUAAUAGACCAAUAGUCUGGAGAACAGAUUCACUACAAUGAUAUGUUUCACUCCAAAAUAAUCCUGACAAAUGAAAUAUCUGCUUGCUGCAUGAUAUCACAAUGUUAAAGAGGAAAGCAAUUCUAAUAAUAAAUCAUAUUUAAUAAUAGAUUGGAACUAAGCUGUAUGAAUAAAUUGUGUUGUAUCAAUGCAUCUGUUACUGAGAUGAUGUGAUAAUAAACAUGAGACAUCUGAGGGAGCACACCUGUAACCUUAGUUUGCGACAGCACAAUGCCCAACAGGCACAUGCAAUCAAAAUGAUUACUUGCAGUCAAUAAUUGUACAUUCACAUUCUUACUAUAAUUCCAUACUUGAUUCUAUUUUGUUGACAAAAUUAUUUUGCAUUAUAGUGGUUCGUUGCAUGAAACAAUGAAAUAAGUUUCACCCAACAAGAAUUUCUUGUGCUACUGUAUCAUAAGUGCUACUAGAAUUUGUCGUACAUUGUUGCAUGUAAUUGUUACACCUAUGCAGCUCACGUAACCGUGGUGACAGGACAGUCACACUCUUUGCUUCUGUAAUUACCUAAACUUUGGACUUCACUAGUAUCCCAACCAUCAUAUUUCUCAAGCCAAAUGUUGUCAGCCGUCAACACCAAUACUACUUUGAGGAACACUGAUGCUUGAGUCUUCAAUUUGAAAUCAAAUGAGAGGUUUAUAAAAAGCUGUUUAACCCAGUUCAUUCAGUGUUUUAAGGUCAUAUAUUUUAUGGGUAAAGAUAUGCAAUAAACAAUCAAUAUGCAAUACAAUAGGUAAUUGUUUUUAUUGUAUUUUGGGUAGUUGUUAUGAAGAGCAAGCAGACAUUGGACCAUUUCAGUGUAUAAAAGUAAUUACAUUUCUAGUCCAAGGUUUAGGCACUUACUCUUCUAUAUUGUUCUGAUUUGAUGAAGCCCCAUUUGUUGCAACAAUGAAAUCAUUCUAUACACGCAAACCAUAUCAGUGUUUAUCUUUUGCUUCCACUAAAAGGGAAAAUGUAAUAUACUUUUGUAGUUUCCAUAAGUUGAUAUUGAAAUGACAUAUUUGGAUUAUGGUUAUUUACUUAACAAGUAAAACUCCUAAGUCCAAUUUUUUUUUACUCCCACAUGUUUUCAAAUUAUGAGUAUCAAGCUACAGGUGAAAUCUUAUCCAUAUGUGCACAGUAUUUACAGAUAGAAUAUUUCCUUGAAAUUUGUCAGUCCUUGAUUUGCAAAACAUUCACAAAUUCAUUUGGACAUAAUCCUUUUUAUGGACCCGUUUCUUACUUACAAUCAUUCCUUUAAUUGGGACUUUGAUCACAGUGGGUUUGAUCAGGCAUAUGCCUACUUUAAUGUUGAGUCAUUUGGAUCAGAAUGAUGCCAGUGCUGACACCAUGAAGCCAAAUAUAUAUGAGGAUGUCUUUCCUAGUUCAUUUCUUUGAUUUUAGGGAUUUUAAGACAAAAGAAUACUAGGAAUAAUGGACAAGGAAUGAAAUCUGUCUUACCAAGACUGUCAAUUCCUAAAUAUUCAAAUUAAGAUUGUGGGGUUUAAUUGAAAAGGAUUUUCCCAUGACUCUGAAAUAAGUAUACAAAUGAACUAUGACCUAAAACUAAGAACAUCUGAAAUAGAAUUUGUUGUUCUUUUGGAUUAAGCUGUGUGACGUUGGCAUUGCUGAAAGUGAAAUAUGCCAUCAUGGGAAAGAGGGAGGGGGGAUUGGCUGUUUCAACAUGUGUCUUAUCAGUUCUUGUACAUUGUACUUCUUUUAUUUAUGUCUGUUUUACUUAACUUUGUACAUACCUAUUAUGUAGAUGAUCUAUCUACCAACAGUAAGUAAUACUGUUAACAAAUUAUGCACAAAAUACAUGUUUUAUAAUGAUUGAAUUGCAUAUUGAUAAUUUAUGUAGUUAUUUAUUGACCUCAAAGGACAUGAUUUUAUUUAUUUGGGGGUUAAGAAUUAAUGCCGGCUUAGAUAAGUUGACAAGACAGUUUUGUGCAUUAUCUUACAGAUAUGAAACUGUUUUUAACAUUUCAGUGCUGAGACCAAAUUUAUUUCUGAAGCAUAAUGUUUAGGGAAUCAUGCUUUAAGGGCAGGAAAUCUGUCAUUAUUUUAGUUAUGGACAUAUCUUAGUUUCAGAAUGCCAAUUUUCUUCUAUAGAAUCCAGAACGUCAAAAGCUUUGUAGAUUGUACAUUUUGAAAGGCACCAGAGAGCUGUUUAGUGUUAUUUACAUACUAAUAACAGAUAUGUUUAUUAAAGUUAUUGCCAUAGAUUUAAAUUGUGAUUUGAGUUUGCAUAAAUGAAUUCAACCUAUUUGUAUGAUGCAUUUCAUAGUCAAUUGCUGUAACCACAGAACAUCUAUAUCGCUACUGACAUGUUCUCAACAAAUGUUUCUCUAUAUAUGAACUGUGCCUAUCAGGUGAUCAUUGUCAUGUGUACAAAGUUUUUGAUCAUUUGGACUCCAUGCUCAUGCAAUAUCAGAAGGGAGUCUUGGCUGUACUCAUCAUUUAACAAUUUCACAUCCAUUGUAAAUAUGGUUAGGUUACAAAUUACAUUUCUGUUUUGUAGCUGUAGUUUAUUUUAAUAUUUUAAAGCUGACAUUUCUUCUUCAAGCAGAAGAAAUGCCAAUCUUUUGUGAUGUUGCCUAAGAGCUACAAAAUGGAAAUGUACAAUAUUUUCCAUGAUAUUGCAGAUACUCUCAUGCUCAUUGUUUCAUUGUAAAUAUCUGAGCAAACAGAUGCAGCACCGUGUCCUAUUUGGAGUAAUCUUAGGCUGCCACAUUUGUGUGAAAUGUUGAGUACAGCUUAUUUGAGUGCUGCCACUCAUUUCAUGGUGACAUUCUUAUUCUUUUUUUUUCAUUAUUUUUUUUUCUGCAUACAUUAUCUCAUUCACAGGUUGUGUAUGUUCUGUUACCGUGGUUAUUUUGUUCUCUGCUUCCAUUAGUUGUUCAUCCCUCAUGCCAUUGCUGUACAUAGCUUUGGCAGACUAUGCUCCAGAUAUUAUAUAUGCAUCAUUUCAUGUUCAUUAUUAAAUACAAAAAUGUGCAGUUAUGA